AACAGAUACAGUUGCAAAACAAUACUGUAGAUAGAUUAGACGUCAGAGUUAAUUCUUCUGAGAAUAUCAUUAAUAGACUCUAUCUUGUUAUAAACCAGUGCAUUGAUACUAACUCCAAAUUAUUAACAGAUGAUACUAAGGAAAUCAAUCAUUUCUUGGUUAAUAUUACCCCUUGUGAGAAACGGAGCACUAUUUAUACAGACAUAAUGAACUCUGGUGAUACUUCUAAACAGAUAGAAAAUAACUCUAGCUCUAAUUUAUCAGAACAGUCCUCUUUAGAGCAAAAUACCGAUUUACGAAAAAUGCAAACUCCCAAAAUAGACAUACACCCUUUAAUACAAGAAUUAAAAAUAGAUCCUUUGGAAGAAGUUUACGUUAAGACUAUUAAUAUAGAUAAAAAUUCUACUGAUAAUCAAUUAUCUGCAAUCAAAUUG